AUAUGCCACCCAAUUUCAAAAGACACAAGUGUUUGUGAAACACUUUCAAAAGGCUCCGUUUUGGAUAAACAUAUACUCGACGAUAUUCCGGCUCUCUUUUUCUUAUAAAAAGCCUCACAUCCAUUCACCAUUCAUUUCAAAUAUUUCUUUACUUGUUUCUCCUGAAAAUCUUCUAGUGUUCAUUUGUUUUUCCCCCUCCCCACAACCUUUAAGGUUAAACAUAAAAUUUUAAAAAAAUGCUACGCACAAUCUUUGGAUUCAUUCUUUUGUUCUUCCCACUGAUCUGUUUAUCUGCAGAGACGACCACGAGUGGCAGUGUCUUUAUUCGAAGGAAAUCGCCCUCGUCCAGAAUGGGGGGCGGUGGGGGACGUCUCUCCCUCAUGAAUAACCGCUUCAACAAGCGACCCAAGAAGAAACACUUGGAUCCCGACCAACUUCUGGAUAUUUUGGGAAGUUUCUACGAUCCACUCUGGAUGUCCAUUGAAGAGCCCACUCCUCUGGUCAACAAGGAUCCUGACCGCGGUGCCACAUACGUUUACAGAGAAUGGCAACAGGCAGAACUUAUAAAGCAGCUUCAGCUGUCUAAUCUGAGUCAGGAAUUGGCUCAAGCAAAUAUCCGAGAAAUUCCUGGAUUGGUCAAAACUGUCGAAAAAUGGAUGAUGAAAAAAGCAUCUUGUCCAAUCAGGUACGCGUGGGAAGAUAUUGGAGCAUUAUUUUGGCCCCGGUACAUCAGACGUGGCGAAUGCGUGAGAGCUACCUGUUCUUGGCCUCCUGGAAUGCAUUGCGUACCUUCUGGUACGACAACGUUGCAUCUGUUGAGAUGGCAGUGCAAAGUUCCGAAAGGGCGCAGGAAAAACCUCAAGAACAACAAUAAAGAACAACUUAAAAACAAAGACCAGAAUAUAAAUUUAAAAUGCAGCUGGAUACGUGUUCCAUAUCCAAUCACCAACGACUGUCUUUGUACCUGUUAACAUUGUAAAUACCCGUGAUUCAGUGAACAGUCUUUCAAAAAUGUGCAACACUUUUAUCAUAAAUAGAAUUUUAUUUAGACAUUUUUUAUACGUAUUUUAAUGAUGCCUAUUUAUUAUACUUUUUUCACUGUUAAUUACAUGAAUGCGUAAGAAGGAAGUCAAAUAAAAACGUUUAAAUAAGAAA